GAACACGGCCAACGUCAAUCCAUUCCACUCCUCAAACACUUGGACGAACUUGAAAUGGCAAGCAGCAAGCAGCCGCAAUAGUCCGCUUUCGAUCGAUCCCGCCACAGCCCGUGAUCUGAUGCUUCCCUGUUCCUUACUUGCUCUGCCUUUCCCCAUGGUUCAAAUACCCUCGUCCUCGCCCACCCACACUCUCACACACUUUUUGUUCUGGCCCCCGACACUUUCAACUUUCCCCAUGUCUAUCCGACUUACAAAACCAAAUACCAACUAAAGAUUGCAUCUCAAGGGUCUGGUUCGUGUCGCCAAGAACAAGUCUCAAGUCACCUUCCCACCAUCCCCAAGAGAUCAGCCAAAGCUUGUUACUGCUUGACAACAAAAACAAGACGCAGUCACCACUUCGGUCGCGGAUAUUAUUCUCGACAAGAACUUCUUUCAACGCAAAGACCUACUACCUAGGCUCCUAAAACCAGUCUCUUUUUCGACAACAAAUCACACUCAACCAAAACAAAACCACACGACACAAUGGCUUGCUACUGCGCAAACUUUUACGGCAGCAUCAACUGCCACAACCAGGUUACCCGCUUUGGCGAUAGGUGCAAGCUUUGCAUUGCCCUCAAGUCCGGUGCAUCCAUGUCCUCGGGUCUCCUCUCCAGCGACUCGGAGUCGUGGUCUCAGCCCGUCUCCUCCAGCAGCAGACAUCCCAAGCGUCAGGACUCGUAUGGCAGCAGCGGCAAUAGCAGUGGCAGCAGCAGGCCAACGAGGGGCGACGCACGCUACAGCAGGAAACAGUGACUCCCAAACUUCGCCAAGAAGCUGAUUUGCGGACAAGAUGGAUGAUGCAACAUAUCACCCAAACAAGCCAAAGUACGAAAUCAUAAAAAAAGAAAGUCUGCAGACUAAAAUGCAACAUCAAGGGCACGAAUCGAUAACCUAGAAAUCCGACAAGGUGGUGCCGGCUUGAUCAUACUUUUUUGACUCAUCCAUUGCGGCAAGCGGUCGCGGGAUGAUGUCUUUUACCUCACUAACAACCAACUCUACCACCUCACAACACACAACUCAGCUGAAAACAGCAACAAAAACACUUGUCCUCCCAAGGCAUUAGUCAUUUAGACGCAGAAUCAUGUUUCUCUCUUCCAACUCUCUCUUCUCUGUGGUACCACCUGGUGGCGGGCUCCACGAAUUUUACGACUUACUCACUUUUAAACCCGAAAAAAAUCCAAGCCAUCUUUUACUAUCCCUCUCACAUGAACGGCAGGGCUGUAGGGGCGUUUUGAUGCCAUUUGUCACUUUUUUUUCCUUGGCAGGUUGCAUUUACUUGUGGAAGGAAUGAGUACCAGCAGUUUUCCUCUGGGCUUGACUGAUCUAUUCCUGGAUGGUGUAAACGAAACCCAACGACACCCCCUAAUUUGACAGUCAAAAGCAGACCAGAUUGUUGUUUUUCUGUUGUUGUUUUUUCGGCUUUUUUUCAGUUUACCUGUUUCUUUUUCAACGCUAGAGGAACCAACCACCGGGUUUCCUUCUGUACAAUUGUCUUGGCACCCGAGGUGUAUUGAACACCUGCCUGUAAAUUAUAGAUCAAAAACAAAGAGACGACGCGAAUGAUCGACGAAAUUUGUUCACCCAUGAGAUAGAUGCACAG